AUGAAAGGCACUCGGAAGACGCUCCGACUCCGGCCUCUCUGCGCCGACGACGCCGGUCCGCGUGUCCCAAGCUCGGAGACGAGGCAUUUAAAUCUGGGCAGCGAGUUCCUGCGGGAGUGGGAGGCGCAGGACAUGCGAGUGACCCUCUUCAAGCUGCUGUUGCUGUGGUUGGUGCUCAGCCUCCUGUGCAUCCAGCUGGCGUGGGGGUUCUACGGGAGCACGGUGACCGGGCUGUACCAUCGCCCAGGUCUGGGCGGCCAGAACGGAUCCACACCCGAUGGCUCCACACAUUUCCCUUCGUGGGAGACGGCAGCAAACGAGCCUCUCAAAACCCACAGAGAAUAAGGAGGCAGCAGAGGUCUCCAGGGACAUCUCCGGGUCUGCCGGCUCCCACACUGGGCCCUACUGCUGCCCAGGCCCCAGGGACGACUGCAGGGGCGUCAGGGUUGGGGGGUAGGGAGUACCCCAGUGCUUGUGGAGUUGGGCCCCCACUGCCCUGGGCAUUUCCUCCAGCAGCCCAGGCACUGGGCCAGGAAAGAGUUCCUCUCCCCUGAUCUGGUGCCUUAAGGAAAGCAGGUGUGCUGCUCUCUCGGUCAGUGUAGAAGCCUCUGGGUGAGGAAGGCCAGCAGCCCGUUUCCUGUCUUGGCUUUUUCCUGUCCCUCUUCCCAUCCCCCUGGGGGGUGACCCAGGAGGAUCUGUCCCUCACGAAGCCUGAGGUGACUCGCUCUGGGAUUUGAAGGGAAGUCUGUUUUCACUUACACCAUAGGUUUUCUGAAUUUGGUUUUGCUGUGUUGGCAGGGACCCAGGAAUCUUGGCCUGGACACAGCCUUAUACUCUGUGGGUACUUAGUUGGCCAUUCAAGUAGAAGUAAGGCAGGGGGCAGCUGGCACCAUCCAGACAUGGAGGCACCAAACACCCAGCUUCCAGUCGCAUCCAGAGCUCUCCAGGUGUGAGCCGGGCUAUGGAAACUCUUAUCCUGAGCAUCAUCCUCAUAUUCCUCUCAAUCCUCGGAGGGAAGCGGGGUGCUGGAAGAGGCUGAGCCCCACGGUGACUUCCCACCCCAACCCUUCAGUGCUCGGCGCCCGGGCGGUGGUCUGUCCCCUGCCCCUUCUCUGGAUCGUAAGCAGUUAGCGGAGGGCAGCCCUGCCUGCAGCCUCAUCACUUCCCAUCUUGACCCGGAACCACAGGAGCUUCGUCCUAAGAGCGCGCUCUCGGCUCAGGUCCUCCCCACUAGCGCCAUCUCAGCCCCCAAGAACUUUUAAGAGGGCAGAGCCACAGGCGAGGCAGGCCUGCCACUUCCCAAGUAGGCCAGGGGGCCUGCCAAAGGAAUGGGCGGCGAGGCCAGUUCCCGAAGGCGGUGUGGCCUAGACCUGCCUCCGGGCCGUCUGCCUGCCCCCCUCCCCACCCCACCCCCCGUCGGUGUCCCAUCGCCAUCUGGCAGCCUGUGCCUGGACCGCCUGCCUGCACAGGGCACUGAGCGCCCGCCCGGUGCUUACUGCCGAGACACCGUCUGCCACGGGGUGAUGGUCUGGCAGCCCCAGGUGACCCACUGACGCCACCUCACACAGAGUCGGGGUCGCAUUCCAUUCGAGGCUCAACUGAGGACGUGGCUAUUAAACAUGGAAGUGCA